AUGCAGCAGAAGCUGAUAGCAGCAGUUAACAAAGCAGCAGCAGCAGCAGCAGCAGCAGCAGCAGCAAAACUGCAGCUGCAGCACCAAAGCAGCAGCAGCAGCAGCAAAACAACUGCAGCAGCUGCAGAAAGAAUAACAGAAGCAGCAAAACCACAGAAGCUGCGGCAACCGCAGCAGCUGCUGCUGCUGCAGCUGCUGCAGCAGGAGCUCCAGCAGCAGCAGCAGCAGCAGCAGCAGCAGCAGCAGCAGCAGCAGCAGCAAAAGUCACCACCAAAGGGCAAUCUCGCAGCAAGGAUAUUUGGCCUCGAUUUCGCUGGGAGCGGAGGAACUGCAGCAGCAGCAGCAGCAGCAGCAGCAGCAGCAGCAGCAGCAGCAGCAAAGGCAGCAGCAGACGCAGCAGCAGGGGCAGCAGCAGCAGCAGAGACAACGGGGCAGCAAGAAGCAGCAGCAGCUGCUGCAGCAGCAGGGCUUCCAGGAGCCCUUUUUGCUGCAGCAACAGCUGCGGCGGCAGCAGCAGCAGCAGCAGCAGCGGCAGCAGCAGUAUCCGGAACAGCAGCAACAGCAGCAGCAGAGACUGCAGCAAGACCUGCAGCCUCAACUGCAGCAGCAGCAGCAGCAGCAGCAAGAUAUGCAGCAGCAGCAGCAGCAGCAAUGAGUCAUCUAGCCGACUACAGCAGCUCCAUAGGGGGGUCCCUUGGGGGCCCUGCUGCUGCGCUGCAGCGGCUGCAGCAGCAGCCGCAGCUGCAGCAGCAGCAGCAGCAGCUAAUGCAAGCAGCAAUAAGAGUCACAGAACUCUCUAAUAAAGUGGUUCGGUUCACCCUCAGCAACUGCGACGCGUCCAUUGCCAACGCACUGAGAAGAGUGAUGAUAUCGGAGGUGCCUACUUUGGCAAUUGAUUUGGUGACGGUCUUUGAAAACACGAGUGUCUUGCACGAUGAGUACAUCGUCCACAGGCUAGGCCUGCUGCCUAUUGACAGCUCAAAUGUCGAAAACUUCGUCGCCAGAGACCAAUGCCUGUGUUCUGACCACUGCGGCCGCUGCUCCGUCAAGUUCAACUUGGAAGCAACAGCAGCAGAUGUUGACAGCUUAACUGUAACUCAUUUUGAUUUAGUACCCGAAAGAAUUCUGGGGGGCCCCCUGGGGGGCCCCCUGGGGGGCCCCCUGGGGGGCCCCCUGGGGGCCCCCAGCAGCCAGCAGGGGCCCCCACUCCCGGUACCCUCCCCCAGCGACCUGCAGGCUGAAGGCUUCACAGGCGCGGGAAACACCCCCGCGUUGGUGAACAGUUUGUUGACUUCGCUGUGCAACAUUUCGCCCUUCUUUAGGCAGCAGCAGCAGCAGCAGCAGCAAGACCACUCUCACGCCCACAGCAUCAGAAUCAGCCCCAGCAGCAAAAGUAGCAUCAGCAGCAGCAGCAGCAGCAGCAUUAACACUAGCAUUGGCAGCAGCAUUAGCAGCAGCAGCAGCAGCAGCAGCAGCAGCAGCAGCUUGUGUUCAGGGCAUUGGGAAGCUGCAUGCGAAGUGGAGUCCAGUGGCAGCAGCAACUUAUAA